AUUUGCAAACGGUCUCAUUGCAAGUCAGAACUCAAGUGAUUUUCGUCGCGUCGCGAAUCGAAAAAAAGAUAUAUAUAUUUAACCACGCGAAGCAUAAUACCAUUUACCCCUCCUUGGGGACAAAGUGACAGUGCUGUUGUAGUUGUAGUAGUUUAGGGCACAAGCAGUUGGGUGGUACCAAAACAAAUAAAAAAGGAACCCAAUUGGAAACGGAACUGCGCGUCCUUAAAAAGUGACAAAAGAAAAACAACAAAGCAAAAACAAAUUGUGAAGCAACUUCCCGAAUUACAAAUAUUUAUGUAAUGCAAUAGAAGAACCAUUGAACCACAUAGAAGCCAACGCAACUUGGACAGUAUUUACCUGACUUUUUUACCAUUAUUUUUCCGCAAACAGUAUAUGCUUACGCUUAGCACAACUUAGUGGGUCACAGUUUGCACUCAUAUUCCGCCCCUCAAUAGGCUUCCCUCAAAUGGAUACUCAUUGAUUUAAUAUAGGAUGCUGCCCAGCCUGGAUACCUUAAUGCGUUGCUCGAAGCGAGUUCUGCAAACGCCCCUGGAGGCGGCGGCCAGCCAGAUGGGCAGGAAUGGGCACAGCAAGUCGCCGGCCGGGGGCAUCUACGGACCCUUUACGCCCGACAACGAUCUCAGCUGCUCCGGACGGGGCGAUUGCGUCAACAACACCUGCGUCUGCGACAUUCGCUAUGCGGGCAAUGAGUGCGACAUCUUCAAUCUGCCCUACUAUGUCGGAAUCUCCACCGUCUUCUAUGUGGUGGCCCUCGUCUCGGUCAUCCAGCUGCUCAUCUGCAUCGUGGCCGAGUACCAGCGGCUCAAGCAGCCCUCCAUUCUCCGCGCCUGUCGCAUCACCACCCAGAAACUGCUCUACUUCAUGGUCUUUGUGGCGGCCUCCCUGCGAGGUGCCUACUUUACCACUCCGUUGGAUCUGCAGCCACAAUGGGCCGUAACCCUGAUGUCCGCCUAUUAUCCAUUACUCAUGACCUGCGCCUCUCUGAUUGUCUGCAUGUGGGCCGAGAUCUUUCACCUGCGCGACAUCCGCUGGGAGAAGUCGCAGUUCCUGUCGAAGAGCUUCCUCGGCUUCGUGGCCUUCAACUUCUUCCUGUACAGCCUCUUUGGCAUCGAGGUCUUCAAUUCGCUGAUCAAUUCGGAGCGUCGCGACUACGCCCACAUCUUCAACGGAUGCUAUGCAGUAUUACUCCUGAUCGUGGUCGUCUUCUUCCUCAUUUACGGCGUGGAGGUCUUCUUCAAGCUGCGCGGCGGCUUUGUCUACGAUCAGACGGGCAAGAUCCUGGGUCCCAGCGAGGCGAUUGUGAAUGCCUCGCAGUUGCAUCAGUCGCGAUUCGGACUGCUCAGUCAGGCCGUAAUGCUCAUCGUGAUUGUGGGCUUUCUCACCUCCGAAACUUUGGGCGACUUCUGGAAGGAAAAGGUUCCUGUUAACUCGCGCAACUGGCAUGACAUCAUUUUCCGUAUUGCCGAGAUCGGAGUGGCCCUGUGGUUUCCCUGCUGCCUCUGGAACUCGAUGGCUCCCGAACAGCUCUGGAUUUUGAAUCCUCGCAAGCUUCUGUCCCGCCAAAUCGAUCCCUCGAUACCCACGCUAAAUGCCGACACCAACAAGUUGUCGCCCGAGGAGGGCCAGUCGUUUUUGACCAAGAAGGAUUGCUGGAUCUGCUAUGACACCGACAAGCCGGAGCCCCUCAUCCAGCCAUGUCGCUGCACCGGCGACGUGAGCUCGGUGCACCACGAGUGCCUCAAGCGCUGGCUGGUCGAGAGCUGCAGCAACUCGGAGGCCCAGUUGUCCUGCAAGGUCUGCGGACAUCCCUACGAGAUCGAGAAGUCCAAAAAACUCGAAUGGGACAAGGGCUUUACCAUCCAGCAUUGGUCCAAGACGGUUAUAUUAAUAACCCUGAUGUGCGUGACCGGAGCGACCGCCUGGGUAGUUAUCCAGAUGUACCUUGAUCCGCUUGUGCGAGUGAUGACCGUGGGCAUCGCCGUGCUCAUUGGCUACGUGUGCGUCAAGUGUCUGGGCGAGAACACCGUAGUGGCCUAUCAGCGGGCCAAAGUCAGCUCGAUCAACAUCGUGACCAGUUCGGAGAUGGAGAAGCUGCACACCAUUUGCGAAGAGGUCAGCGCCAGCACCUCGGCAUCAGCUUCACGGACGGGAGCGGCCUCCUAA